UUAAACUUUGCGCUUCUGCAGGUAUGCUAAAAGGAAUAAUAUUUGAUGUUAAUGCCUGUGGAAUGCGUUUCGACUGUAAUGUUUUGAUGAGAUUUCUAUAUGGAUACAGUAAGGAAUAUGGAAUUCAUCAAUGUGUUAGGAAUGCCUACCAGUGUAUUAAAGUAUGGUGAAAUUUUACAGGACACAAAAUCAAUGUUUCUAGUCGUACCAGGAAAUCCAGGUGUUGUUGAAUUCUAUGAUGAUUUUAUGAGUCAUCUGUAUACAAGCUGUGGAGGUACAGUGCCUGUAUGGGGUGUGUCACAUGCAGGGCAUGUACUCCCACCUGCUGGAAACCAGGACUUGUACAAAAAGUUGAGCUAUGAAGUCUGCACCCUAGAUGGUCAGAUAAGACACAAAGUUGCUUUCAUCAAAGAAAACAUUCCAAAGAAAACAAAACUGUUCCUGAUUGGACAUUCAAUUGGCUGUUACAUCAUUCUAAAAAUACUCUACCAAUUGGAGCAGCCGAUAGGCAGAUGUUUCAUGCUGUUUCCAACAAUAGAAAGAAUGGCUAUAUCUCCAAAUGGCAGGAUUUAUACUCCAGCAUUGAAGUAUUUACGUUGGAUGGCACCACUUUUAGUCUCAGGUGUUGGCCUCUUACCUCAGGGUAUAAAGACAUGGUUGCUACGCAGUCAUUUUAAAGAUGAAAAUGUGCCUGAAUGUGUUCAUUCAGCAACUGAAGGUUUGAUCAAUCCGUUUUGUGUAAGCAAUGCCUUGUUUAUGGCACACCAAGAGAUGUCCAAAGUGGCAGAGCUUGACAAAACCCUAGUUGGGAAUCAUUUGGACCGUCUUAGUUUUUACUUUGGAAAAUCUGAUGAUUGGUGUCCUCCACAUUAUGGAGAGGAUUUCAAGAAAUUGUUCCCCACCUGUGAUAUACGUGUCUGUGAAAUGGGAUAUAGCCACGCUUAUGUGAUAGAUGCUAGCUUACACAUGGCUGAUAUUGUGGCCAAAUGGUGUCAGGACUUCAUGUGAUAAUGUGGUAUAUUGUAUCUGGAAACUGAAAAAGUCGGGGAAGUGCAAUAAUCAGUUUGAGAAUUGUGUACAAAAUUGUAAAACUUGUGUAUAUAAAAUGGAGUAAUCUUGUAUACAUAUAUGAAAUUCUAUGCCUUUUAUAAAUGUACUUGAUGAAUACAAUUCUUGUAAAGACAUGCUGACUGCUUCAAUGAAAAUUGAUCAAAAUUGUUACCAGUACAUUGUAUUAAAAUGAAUAAAGUAAAAUCAAUUGAAAUGCUCAAAAUAAAGUAAACAUUGAACAAAUUCAACUUACUUAAAAUGAUUUUAUGAAAUCUCCAAAAAUGAAAAGAGCAUAAGCACAUACAUGUAUCAUAUCAACUUAGCAUGAACUCAGGGAAAUAUGAAGAAAAGUAGAUAUAACAUUCUUGUUUGAAUAAUGCUCAAGAUUUAAAUUAUUCAUUGAAACAGAUUUAAGUAUGUAUUGAUGUAUCUGCUGCUAUAUGAUUUGGAGACAAACUAGACCAUACAUUAUCUGUGAUUUGUGAACAAAUAGAAACAGAAAUAAGAACAUUUUGAAGCAAGAGUGAAUCGGAAAUAAUGUCAACAUAAAAUCACUGAAGGUGUGAUUGAAAACAAACCAGAAAGUAUAUUCUAGGAAACCCUUGUCAAAUUUUAGAUCAUUAUAGUUAAUUCUUGGGACUAAAUCAGUUAUAUAUAUACCCAGUAAACAUUCAUAAUUUUAUACAGUGUUCUUUGACAUUCACAUGUUCAUGAGCAUGAGUUGUGAUAGAAUAAUUGUGAUAAACAGUAGAUUCAAAUACAGUAUAAUAAAUAUUGUAUUUUGUUUCAAGAGGACAACAAUCCAUUGAUAACCAUAACAACAGAUCUGUGAGUUAUUUUAAAUCUAUUUUCUGCAUCCAGGGCUUAUGUUUUGGUAAAGUGAUUCCUUAACAAAAUUGAAGUAAUCAUUUCAAUUUAAAGAAAAAAAGUAGUCACAAUUUAUUCGUGGAAAAAAAACCUGAUAGGUAACAAUAGUAAUAAGUGAAAAAUUAAUUUACUAAAGGAAACACUUGUAAAACUUAUUGACUCAAAAAUAUAUUUAAAGUACUGUCUGGUAAGUUGAAAAAUCUGAAUAGAUAAACAUUCCUAGGGUGGUAAAUUAAUAAUGUCUAAUAAAUAUGUUUGAUAAUAUUCAUUAACAUUUUUUAUUAAGUGAAUUUUUUUUUUCUUUUUGCUUUUGAGUUACUUGUUCCAAACACGAUUCUCUUGCGAAUUAUUUGGUCUGGCUGGUUGAAUUGACAGUACGUUACCCUGAUCCGUAAAUGUGUUAGGAAUGUGUGAAAAUUGUCGGAGCCCUGUGUCUCGUAAAAUUUGUUUCGAGGAAUAUGGGGUUAAGUUUGGUCUGGACAUAGUUUCUGAACCAUGUGUAAGUUUCUAAUUUUUUCUCGCCGUCAGCGGUGAUAUCUCUCCGUGUUUGGUGCACUUCUCUGCCUCUGUUUCCUACCUAGAUUAGGUGAUAUUGACUUUUUGCUCCUCUCUUUUCUCCAACAAUGGCCCGUUGAAGAUCAAUUUUGCGUGAUCUUCAAAUUUCUGCCAUUUAUCUGGUAAAUUCCUGCUAUUCCAAUUGAUUUGCGGAGGCGGUAUUCCUACCGUUGUUCUCGCAAAGUGUGUAAAAAACAUAACAUGACAUAUAUUUUAUUCAACAUAAAAUUGUAUACAUACAAUUUAUAGUAUACUUUAUAUGAUAAAUGUAAUAAUCCUUUUUCUUUUCUACUAUUUUUAUCAUUUUUACUCUGACACCAUGUAAUAUAUUUAUUGAAUGUACAUACAUGUCAUAUACUAUAGUGUAAUGUUACAAAGUUCUGUUAUUCACAAAUGUGAAUAUAUAUAAAAAAGGACACAGAUGUGAACUUAUCAAGUUAAAUCUUAGAACUGGUCACUGGCAGGAAUCACCUGUCUAUAAUAAGAGCUACCUAUUCCAGCAUUCAUGGGAUUAUACUGACAUGUAAAGGUCAAGGUAAAAGUAUCAGGUAACUGAUAUCAUUACAAUUGAGACUUGGUUACUUGAUAAAUGAUAGUAUGAAAUAGUAAAUGUUUUUAUUCAGACAGGGUGAUUAUCAGUAUUGUAACAGGGCUGUAAUUUAACUUUUGCAAAUGUUUGGGUGAACAAAAUAUUCUGCUUAAAUCCGCCUGGAUUGGACCUACCCUAGGCAGAAAGAGUUCUACCUUGUAACCAAAGUAAAAUAAAGGCCUUAUUUUUAAGGGGGAAAAAUCCUGCUUACUGCAUUUUAAAACUUUGAAACAUAGGUUAAACACAUUAAAGUGUUUGUUAAAUGUACAUUUAACAUGUUCAGUAUUGGCACUGUUUUUUUUUUCUUUGCUUCUUUGCAAAACAAAGUAAUCAAAUCAUUCAUCAAUAUAAAGAAAUAUUUUAAACACAUGAACUUCCCUGGCCUGGGAUUUGGGACCUAAUGCUGGUUGCCUGGCCUUUCAUUGAACAUCCAGCUAGCUCUGUUGUUGAAAACAUUCCCCUCAUGGCCUUUGUGAUAGCUUUUACAGGCUGUUUCUCCUCACCAAUAAUCAACAUCACCUGUUGCUGGAAAUAUAAUGUCAAGGAUAAUUCACAUACUAAUAAUUAAAAUAAUAUUGUGAUUACUUAAAAAUACAGUUAAAGAAUGUCAUUGUUUAUGUCAGAUAAUUUUGUAUUCGUUUUAGACUUCACAAAUUUAACAUACUUACUUAAAGAGAUAUGACCAAAGGAUAUGCCUAUUUUACCCAAAUCUUUGACAAACAUUUCCCCAUUGAAACAAAAAUGUAAGCUAACAAAUUAUUUAUGACCCUGAAUGUUCACAUAUCAAAAUCAAAAAUUGAGAAAUGAAAUCAAGAUGACUUGUGAAAUUAAGAUUUGUUUUCUUUAUAUGCACACUUAUUUACACUAUUUGCAAGACAGAAUGAAAACAAAUGUAAUGCUUAAAACAACAGAAUUGAAAUAGAGUGAAAAACACGUUUCAUUAUGACUAAUAAAAAAAAAUGUCUGAAUUGAUAAUGAACUGAUAAUUUUUCCCAAUUAGGCCAAUUUCCAAACUGUUUGAUGUACUUUUCCCAAAAUUGCCAAAGUCCUAAUUUUUUCAUAACAUGAAUUUCAAAAUAUAACUUUGAUCAUGCCACCGCAGCAUCUGCAAUAAGGUGGCAAAUAGCGAUUCACAUAUGUGUGUGCAGUGUGUGGAUUUACUGGAUUAAUGUAUGUGUGUUAUAUUGAUUAUAUAGUAAACUUAAAAUAUUCUUGUGAAAAACCACUAGUCUAUUUGGUAUAUAAUAUCAUCUAUAGGUACUCAACCAAAGUUGUUUAAUUUUUACCUCUGGUAUCAAAAUUGGCCCUGCCUUGGGGGAGUACAUUAUAGUAAAGACAGAAACUAAGACAAAUGUUUUCUGAAUAGGAGAAAGUUAGAGUUUAGAUAUUUGACAUAAAACAUUGUCUGGUGGACCUGUAUCAGGAUUGUUUUAAUUUAAUCCUUGGGUCAAAAUUUUGCUCUACCGAAGGGGACAGUGACCUACUUUCUUGUCCUUUGAUGUACAGCCAAGAAUUUUGGACCGUGUGCACAGUUAGAGAUUUAAAAUUGAAUUUUAAUAUCAGCUGACCUAAAUUUUGACACAUGACCUACUUUAAUGUUCAGCUAUGAAAUUUCUUUUGGACACUGUACACAAUUUUAAAUGUAAAGUUGAACUUUGAUAUCAGCUGACCUAGAUUUUGAUUAUGUGACCUACUUUCUUGUCCUUUGAUGUACAGUCAUAAAAUUUGAUCCAUGUGAAAUAUGACCUUGACCACCAAAUUCACUAGAAUCAACUGCAUUUUGGCAAAGUUCAAUUGUAUAGUAACAAUAACUCUUCUUGUCCUACACUACUAUUUAGUGUUGCAUUAUAUUAUGCGGUGGCAUUGCUUUUUUCACAAAUGCAAUCUUGUUUUAAAACUGUCUUGAUAUAUUAAUCUUAAAAUCAAUGUAUUAUAGGCUAUUAGGACGAUGUAGUUGAACUGUCAGGAGUGAUAUGUUUCCUUUGGAUCGAGUUAGGGGUCAGUUGGGUCAAGGUCAACAGUCAAAGUCAAAUAGAUUUUUACAUUAUGCCCAUGCAGCCUUUAUAUAUUGACAUAUUUAUUUCAUAUUUGGUAGGAAAAUAAGUUGCAUGAUAUUCUUCGUUUGGAUGGAGUUAGGGGUCAGUUGGGUCAAGGUCACCAGUGCUAAAAAUAGAUUUUUUACACUUUUGCCUAUACAGCCUUUAUUUUAAAUAUUGUUACUGACAAGAAUCUGAGCCGGGGGCAUUUGUGUUUAACAAACACGUUCUUGUUAUCAUAUCAUAUCAUAUAAAUAUGUAAUAUGAUAAAUCUUUUAGAAUUAAUUAAGAGGUUUUUUUUUUAUUAAAUCUGAAAUGGAGCAACUUUCAAGGUUUGUAGUUCAAACCUUACUAUGGUACAAUUUUUUUCUGUUUGACAAAAGCAAAUUUCAAUUUUUUAAUGAAGAAAUUGAAGUUCUUUGAUGUCUGAAGACUAUUGUUUUCUUCAAAAACAAAUAUCUGCAAAAGCGUCAUGAACAUUGCAUAACACUAAGGAUAGUAAAUGUCAAAAAUGUAAUACACACUUAUUAACUGAAUUAUUCCAAAGAGAAGGCAGUCCCCAAAACAUCUUAUGGAGAUGUCAUCUCCAACAAUGAAAACUGCUUUGAGUUUUCCUUCAUCAAUAAACGCACAAAGAUGUGGUGCUGACCCUUCCUUUGUUUUUAAUUUCUCUGUUACCAUGGAGUCAUCCGCAUCCUGAAAAUAUCAUAUUUACGCAUAUAUUGAUGCUAAGCUCAAAUUAUUUUUAUUAUCUUAAAUAUUAUUAAUUAAUUUGUCUGCAUAUGACUAAAUAUCAGCAUUU